AUGGACCCCCUGCGCACUAGCACUACUACGAGUCCGAAAUACAGAACCUCCCGAGAAGUAAAAAAAGUCUCUGGAAAAACUACUGAGCGCUCAGUGGUCUCCGUGCCAUGGCGCGCCGGCAAGGAGUCUGAUAACCGUGACGACUUGAAUAAGAGAAAGAGCAAGAAGGCCGGAAACGUCCAGCACGCAAGACCUACAUCCGUGAAACAGGAGAAGGCAGCUGCCGAAGCACCGUGGGAUCCGCACGCAUCCCUCAUCCCCCACUCAACGGCCCCUCUUGCUUGUCGUGUAUCGUUUCCUCCGCUGGCGUCGGCUGCUCCCCAGACCCUCGUUCCCUCUCCGUUCCGAGAGCUUUCCUCGGACGCCCAGGAAGCUGCCAUCUUGGAAGACCUGCUCUUCGUGUUUAUGGGAUUUGAAGGGCAAUAUAUUCAUUACCAAAACGGAUAUGAUCCUUCUGCCGAGAAGGAUCGUCUUACUGGUCCGGUCUACCAAUUGGCACCGGGUUUGGACCCAACUCUACGGGACCUCACUCAGUCGAUGCUAAAGAUGGCGACGCAUUACAGUGCGAUGGAGGCAUUCGUCGAGAUCCAGAGCAGGGCGGAGUAUGGGGCUGUCAGCCAUGCGCUCUGUGCAUCUAUUCGAAAGCUGCUGAAAGACUACUUGAUCCUGAUCGCCCAGUUGGAAGGCCAGCUGCUAAAUAACCCUACUUUUACGCUGCAUCAACUUCAUUUGCACACGAUGCCCACAAGCCAGUGUCUUGCCCAGCUCUAUACUUUGGGACAAGAGCUCUUGAAGCGCAAUGGACUUCUAGAAACCGACGAUCUCGAUGAAACACUUGAUGAUUUCGACGACGUGGACAAUAUUCUCGAACAACUCAAGGAAGGAGGUGAUUUGGUCCCAGGUGCUAUGGCCAGCAAGAAAAUCUGCAAGGGUGGAAAUGUGCUGAGGCUAUUGACCGAGCAGCUCGCUACCUUAUCGGGAGACCCGACUAGCAAGACUCUUAUUCAGACCCUGUUGCGUGAUGCCAGCCGUCCGUACAUGAACAUGCUCAACGAAUGGCUGCAUCACGGAGGUAUUCGAGAUCCGCAUGCAGAAUUCUUGGUGAAAGAGCAGAAAUGGAUCAAGCGCGAGAAGCUCGAGGAGGAUUACACCGACGAGUAUUGGGAGAAACGAUACACGAUCCGCGAAAAUGAGGUUCCUCCACAACUUGACAGCGUUCGAGACAAGGUUCUUCUUGCAGGAAAAUAUCUUAAUGUGGUACGAGAGUGCGGUGGUGUUGAUGUAAGCAAGGCCGUCAAAGAUGUCCCCAAGACCCUCGACGACCCACGCUUUCUCGAAAAUGUCAAUGCCGCCUAUACUUAUGCCAACGCCUCCCUGCUCAACCUCCUCCUUACCAAGAACUCUCUGACAACCCGCUUCCGCUCCCUCAAACACUACUUCUUCCUCGACCGUUCCGAUUACUUUUCCUACUUCCUUGAGCUGGGAGGAUCCGAGCUGCGCAAACCAGCACGGGUUGUCAACGAGGGCAAGCUUCAGUCGCUGCUUGAUCUGGUUCUGCGCCAACCGGGUAGUAUUGCUGCCCAGGAUCCUUUCAAAGAGGAUGUCAAAGUGCGCAUGAACAAGAUUGGCCUCACUAAAUGGCUGAUGCAGGUGGUGAGUGUGUCUGGUAUCGACCAAGACCACCCCGAAGCGUCCUUCGAAAAGCAACAGACAUCUUCAUCUCAUAGUUCCGAUGACGAGAACAACAUUGUUGGAUUCGAUGCGCUGGAACUGGACUACUCCGUGCCAUUCCCGCUCUCACUCGUGAUCAGCCGCAAAACGGUUCUGCGAUACCAACUCAUUUUCCGACAUCUUCUGUCACUUCGCCAUCUAGAGACGAUGCUGGUCACGUCCUGGGCGGAUCAGAACAAGGUCGCGAGUUGGCGUCACAAGUCAUCGGAUCGAAGACUGGAGCUAUGGAAGCGGCGCACAUGGAAUUUGCGUGCAAAGAUGCUCGUGUUUGUUCAACAACUUCUAUAUUUUUGCACGGCCGAAGUCAUCGAGCCCAACUGGGUGGGUUUGAUGGAGCGGGUGAAUGGGGCCGAAGAUGCCAAUGGGUCGGAGGAGACUGUAAAUGGCAUUAAGCAAGUCAAUCGUACGGUUGAUGAGUUGAUGCAGGAUCAUGUGGAUUUCUUGGAUACCUGUCUGAAGGAGUGCAUGCUCACGCAGGCCAAGCUAUUGAAAAUUCAUUCUAAAUUAAUGACUUGCUGCACCAUGUUUGCCUCGUGGACAGCCGCGUCACUCUCGCGGGCGCUCGCUUCGGCGGAUCCUGAUCAGGAUGUAGAGGACAGUCGAGGCUAUGAUCCAACACGAAUUGGCAAGCUCGAGGAUACUCUGAAGCGUUACGAAGACCACUUCAGCCGCCAUUUGCGCAUUCUCAUGGACAGCCUGAACUACUUCGCCGCGACCGAGAGUGUGGUGCUGUUGAAGUUGGCGCAUUCCCUCAGCGCUAUCAGCAAGGAAGACUGA